CUGCUACUGGGUCGCUUAGCAACAACUUCUCACAUAGUUUGGCGGAAAAUUACCAAUAAUCGAUCAUCUUUAGCGUCAACUAUAAAAACCAUUAGCUUAACUGUAUUCUCUUUAUAUUAGCCUGGCAGUUUUAUAAGUCAACCACUUUGCUUAACAUGUUUGCUCAAUAUGUAACAGACUAGAAGGGAUUUUUAACCAAUAUUUGGGUUAUUUAUAAACUGUAUGGGCUAAAUAAAACGGCAGUCACUGUGCCAACAAGGCCACCGUUGACCGAGGAAUGCGCAUCGUCAUCACAACUUUCCCCUGGGGGUAAGGAGAAGAAGAAAGAGGAGGUCGGGGAAGGAAGAGGAGGAGGUUCUCAGCUGGGACUUUCCUCGCUGCCCUCCAGAAAAAAAAAAAGUUAAAUCACAGGGCACCGCGCCGGAGAUGUUCCCGGGUGCCGGCACGGAGGAGGAGGUAUGCGGACCUGUGCUCGGUGGUGGGGCCGCGGUGGUUCCCCCCUCCGCUCCUCGGGAAUACUUCUUCUUUUAGUCCCUCCGUUCCUCCUCGCGCUCCAGCUCCUUGUCGUCGGGCCACUGUUACCUCGAGCCAGCAGGGUGGGGGAGGGCGCGGUUGCCUUUUCCGUUAUCAGCAUCGAACCGGAGAGGAACUCACGCCAACGGGGAUCCCCUUCCCGGCGACCGGGUCUGGAGCAGGAGGUAGAGGAGGAGGAGGAGGAGGUAGAGGUGGAAUAUGGGGAAAGGAGGGAGGGGGCACGAGUCUAUGAGGAUGAGAACGAGAUGCACGCGCGCCAGUUGGGACCCAGAACACUGGCGCUGCAGCGGUGGGCGGCAGACAAGCCGUCCUUCAUGGCAGAACUCAAUCGUAUCAUCACGUAUAUCACCAAGCCACAGCUAAACUGCUCCAGGGUUUUGUCUCCAGGUCAAGCUCAGGCCACACAGCCCCCUGCAGAUUCACCCCACUGGCUCCUGUGUGCUGAGGACUGGCUCCUUCCACUUGAAGAUCGACCGUGUGUUGCAUACUCCUUUAGUAUGGAUGGGGGAGAUGCAGAGUUUCUAAAGACUGUGUCACUGCUGGGAUGCGAAGUCCACAGUUUUGAUCCCAGCAACUCCAAUGCAUCUGGUGGUCACCUUGGCAACAGUUUGGCUAGUAACCAUGGUGAUGGAGGCGUGGUCAGCCAGCACAAGAUGUGGCUGGAGUGGCGAGUUCCAAGGAAGCGCAAGAACAAGACGAGAGGCAACCUGGGUAGUGUUUCUCAAACACUGGCAGACGUCAUGGCAGCUCUGGGACAUCACACAGUCCACUUCCUGUAUGCUGACCUGCUCAGUGCUGAGUGGCGAGUUUUCCAGAACUGGAUUGAGUCGGGAACUCUGCAGAGUGUCCAUCACCUGGUUGCCACAGUGCACCUACAAUGGGCAGGGUUUGAGGUGGGCGGAACCAAUGAAGAAGUGCUCCGCUAUUGGUUCAGUGUCCUACAAGGUCUCCAAGCCUCUGGACUCAAGCUAGUCCACAGCUCUGCAGGAGAGGGUCACAGUGUCCUAAAACAGACAGUGGCAAAUGCUCACAGCUCCUACACACUCAGCUGGGUCAACACAAGAUACUGACACACACACACACACAUAAAUGGACACAGGUGUACACACAUGACCAGGCAUUGUGGAUGGCCUUAAACAAGAAGGAGAAGGUCAACCUUGAAAUAGUUGGUCGAGUUACCCUUCUCUUACAAUGGACUUUUUCUCCCCCUGCAAUUUCAGGCACACGCAGUUUUUAACAUGAUGUCUCCCUCUAGUGGAGAUGAAAGGAUCUGCCUUUUCAUGACUCCACCCUCAGAGGGAAAUACCGCUGUGUCUGUACUGAUACUUACUAAUUUGACCAAAUAUGGAACAGAAGGAGGGCUUGCUGAUUUAACUGGACAACAGCACAGUAAUAUCAUAAUUAGAUCAACAGAUUUUAUUACUUAGAGCAUAAAAAACAGCAGAUAUAUGUCAGCUGUAGCCACUGCUGGAUUGUGUCCUAAUGAGUCCUAAAUACUAAACAGCUGUCUGGCAGGUACCAACACGUUUUUAUUUAUUUUCCUCCUUUUUUUAGUUGAACUACAGACCUGAGAUUUUAUCAAUAUUUUACCAUAUUAUUAGACCACAGAGUGCGACCCCUUUCUUAAAUCAUUGAUGUGAUCCAGGUGUAGUUUGAACAUACAGUACAUUAAGCAGAUUAUGCAGAUGCAGCAGAUUAUUUAAUGCAUUUUUGUACAUCUCUGCAGGCCUUGAAAUGCUUUUAUGUGCAAUAAUUCUUUACAAUGAAGAUAUGGUUAAAUUAUAUUGAAAUUAUACUGAUGCAUUUUUUUUACUCUAAUGUGUACUGUAUAACAAAGAAUAAAUCAAUUGAAACAUGUCAUAAAUGUGCAUUAUUACCAUAAUAAAAUACAAACUAGAAAUCCUU